UCAGAUCCCAGUGGACGAGUCUUCAAUGACCGCCUGUACAUCUAUGCUUCGCACGAUAGACGCACGAGUAUUCCCGACGACGACAACGGCAGCCAGUAUGACAUGGUCGACUACCAUGUAUUGUCAAUGGAUGGGAUAGGAGAGAAGGUCACAGUGCAUGGCAAAGCUUUUGGCCUCGACGAUGUACCCUGGGCAGAGAAGCAGCUGUGGGCUCCGGAUUGCGCAUUCAAAAAUGGCAAAUACUACUUUUACUUUCCUGCUCGAGACUAUGAUGGUGUAUUCCGAAUUGGCGUUGCUAUCAGCGACAAGCCUGAAGGUCCAUUCAAGCCGGAGCCCAAGCCAAUUGAAGGAAGUUACAGCAUUGAUCCUGCUGUGCUUGUUGAUGACGACAAUCAAGCCUACCUCUAUUUUGGUGGAAUAUGGGGAGGUCAAUUGCAAUGCUGGAAAUCCGGGCAUUUCGAUGCAAAAGCAUACGAAACAAUGGAAGCCUCCGGUAAUGGGCCUGCAUUGAUGCCACGAGUUGCGAAGUUGACCGAAGACAUGAAGGGUUUCGUAGAUGGUGUUCAUGAUCUGGUUAUCAAUGACCCUGAUGGGAAGCCAAUCCACGCAUCGAAACACGACAGAAGAUUUUUCGAGGCAGCCUGGGUUCACAAGCGCGGCUCGAAAUAUUAUUUCAGCUACAGCACAGGCGACACUCACUACAUUGCGUACGCAAUCGGAAAUUCUCCGAUGGGUCCAUUUAGCUACGCGGGGAGAAUCCUUGAGCCCGUGGAAGGAUGGACGACUCAUCAUUCGAUAGUAGAGUUCAGAGACAAGCUCUAUCUAUGCUAUCACGACUCGUCGAUAUCUGGCAAGAAUCACUUGCGCUCUGCCAAGAUACGGGAACUGGUGUACGACGAUGAGGGAUAUAUCAAGCUAGCUCAACCACAGUCUUGA